AUGACGUCUGGGUCUGCAUUUCUACUGUCAGCCGAUCACCUGAUAUCGCAAUUACAACAAAUUUGUCUGCCAACAUCAUCCACUGGUGGUUUUUCCUCUACUCGUCCGACAACAUCGAAAGUUUUCACGACUUCUUUCGCGUCCGCAUCACCUACGACAGAAUUAUCGGACGAUUCUCCGCUUCUGGAAAAGCAACUAGAGACUGCGGCGGCCUACCAGAGCAGCGCGGCGGCGGGGAUCGUGAAGUUGCAAAAUCAGGUGUCGCAAUUGGUGCAAGACCUGCAGCGGGUGCGGCACUACGCGGACAAAAGCAAACUCCACGCGGAAUUUUUGGAGACCCACCCGGUAGUACGGGAGCCCUUCCUGAGCUGCGGAGACUCGACAAUCGAGAAAGCGGCUUGA